UAAUGUCAAAAAAGCUAAUUUAGUGACUGAAAAGGUUAUGUUUCGCUAUAUACUUUAUUUUGUUUCUAAAUCUAAGUAAAGCAAAAGUUUUUUUUACUUAAUUUAAAAAUUGCAAUUGUUAUAAAAUGGUUUUGAUUAAAGAAUACCGGAUAUGUAUGCCUUUAACUGUUGAAGAAUACAAAGUUGGCCAACUCUAUAUGAUAGCACGUCACAGUUUAGAACAAUCUGGUGAUGGAGAAGGAGUUGAAAUAAUAGAAAAUAAUGAAUGUGAAGAUCCAGUUCACGGAAAAGGUCAAUAUACAGAAAAAAAAAUUCAUUUAUCGAGCCGUUUACCUUAUUAUCUACAAGCGAUAUGUCCAAGAGUAUUCUACAUUACCGAAAAGUCAUGGAAUUAUUAUCCGUAUACUACAACUGAAUAUACGUGUUCCUUUGUUCCAAAAUUAAGUAUUAACAUACAAACAAGGUAUGAAGAUAAUCAUGGAAUCUCUGAAAAUUGUUUAAAUUUAAAAGAAGAACAAUUAAAAGAUAGAAAUGUAGAUCAUGUUGAUAUUGCAUUUGAUGAUCUUUCAAACGAAAAACAUUAUAAACGUGAGGAGGAUCCAAAAUUUUUUAAAUCGCUUAAAACAAAUCGUGGUCCAUUAAUAGAAGGAUGGAGAGAAACAGAUAAACCAAUAAUGUGUUCUUACAAACUUGUUCAUGCGUCCUUUGAAGUUUGGGGUUUUCAAACUCGUGUAGAAGAUUUUAUUCAAAGAGCAAUUCGUGAUAUAUUGCUAUUAGGGCAUAGGCAAGCUUUUACUUGGAUAGAUGAGUGGAUUGAUAUGACUAUUGAUGAUGUUCGUGAAUACGAAAAGCAGAAACACGAAGAAACCAAUGAAAAGUUGAAAAGAGGUGGACAUGUUUUGGCGACAAGCCCUUCCGUUGAUAAAUCAUUUGCAGCUGAAAUACCAACUAUCGAAAAUAAUGUAUAGAAAUAAUUGAAAAUUUAUUCAAUUUUUUAUUUCAAUUUUUAAUUGAAAUAAAAAAUGAAUAUAAUUGGUUUAAUUAUUUGAUAGUACAACCAAAAGCACAAGUUGAUGAAAAAGCACAAGUUAGUAACAAAAAAGCACAGUUAAUGUAGUUCAAAAUAUGAACGGCUUGUUUUUUAGUUUUAAUUAUUAUUAUAUUUAAUUACUUAAAGAAGACAGAAAUCCAAAAAGAUUAUUAGUUACGACUAGCGAAUUAAUUAUGAGACAGCUUCAAUUUGUGAGCUUUAUAUAUAAGUGAAUAUUAUAAAAAGGCCACUUUAAACUUGUUUCCUAAAUUUUUCUGUACGUAAUGCACGAAAUCUAUUAGUUUAUUAAAUUUAAAAUAUAAAAAAGUGUUGUUUCCGAAAA